AUGGAAAAUUCAACACAAGGAAAUGAAAACAUUCAGGGAAAAGGUACCGAAAAAUAUGAGAAAUGGACGUCGGAAGAAAGCAAUGAGCUUUUAAAACUCAUGGUUGAUGCUGCCACACGUGGUUGGCGUGAUAGUAAUGGUCUGUUGAGUAAGAUAACUAUAGAAAAACAUAUACCUCCUCAUCUUAACCAAAAACUUGGGGUUGAAAAGACUUAUGCCCAAUGGGAUCAUGUGACGAAGAAAUUCACCGCUAGUGAUGAAGUAUGGGACGAUUACUUUAUGUCACAUCCUGAAGAUAAAAGUUAUCGCACAGAUACUUUUCUAGACCAUGAGGAUUUGAGAAUUGCAGUUGGAAGUGGGACAGCUGUUGGGACACACUCAAUUGCAUUAGGGGAUGAUACUGAUGCAAGAACUUCUUAUACUGAAGAAAGAAGAGUUAGUGAUAGUUUAAUAGAAUACUUCAUGUAUGAUCCUGAUACUGAAGCAUUUAUAGUAACGGAUAAGCAAGAUUUUAUAAGUUCAGAG